GGAGCUGGGCGGAAACAGCGCGGAGAGAAGCGGCGCGGAGGGAACUGAAGAGGCCAAGGCGCUGGUCACGGGCGGAGGGAUACGUUUCCAUGGGAACAUCACGAUUUCCGCCUGUAAACCUGUGGUCUUCCCCGCGGCUCCAUCCCCUCUCUUCCCCUCCCCCUUUCUCUGAACCCCCGGGCUCUUCCUUCCCUUCCCCCUACCCUUUACCCCCUACCCCUUUUCAUUUUCCAGUCUAGGAAUCCUCAGCGAUAGUAAUCUUUAGCACAGGUGCUUUAGACCCGCCUAUAGGCUGUACACUUUAACCGCUGAGGUUGCAGUUAUCGCCGCCUUUUCUUUUGGGGGGCCUGACCUAGUCUGCUACUCAGAGAUCUUUGGGGCUCAUCAGAGGUAAUCGAGAGUGUGCCCAGGGUGAGAACUCCACGAACCCCGCCAUUCUUCGUAAUGGUCUUUGCACCAUAGGCCUCAAAAGGGGUGAUGUCCCCCGAGACUUUGGGUGAUAAUUCCCCUGCUCUACACUGACCCUCCACCCCCUUUAGAACAAGUCACCAAUUUAAAAUCCCACGUGGUUGGUCGGAGUUUUUGGAUUCUGGGGGACAAAGAAUAGAAUUGUGGGAGUUCUUCCUAGUUAUGUUGAAAUUGUGAUAAAAUCCUAAAUCCUUAAAGCAUUUUGGCUAGUGGCCAUUAGGAAAUUAUUUGCAUCUGAAGUACAAAUUUAUUUGUUCUUUCUUUCUAGUGCUUUCUGCUUUGUAUUGUAGUAACACAUCUCAUCCACUAAUACUCAGAUCCUGGGGCUUGGGACGUUUAGUUUAGGUCAUCAGUGAGUAUCUCACCUCAGCAGGGAUAGCAACUUUGCUUGAUACACUACCACUCAACAUCCAUCAAAUAAAUGAAUACCUUUUCAUUACAUUAGAAAUUGCUUAAAAUCCAGUUUUGAUUUUAUGCAAUGAAUUUGCCAGACACCAACUCCAAAAAUACAGAAUUAAGUUACUUUUGUCACCCCUGCCCCCAACCAUAGAUGUUAAAUCUGGAAUACAUGAGAGUUGGAAAUGUUACACAUAAAAGAGGAAAUAUUUAGGUAUUUGUAGUUUUAUCUUUUUCAUCUGUUGUAACUUCACUUGGUGUGUAUAGGUGUGUGAUGCAGUGUACAAGGAAAGGAGGCCUACUUGGUGAAUAAAGUAUGGAUUCUCUCCAGAUAUCGUUGUGCUGCACCUCACGGCUAGUCGUGUGUUUACCUCCAUUUUAACAGCAAUACCCAACACGGAGCUUUGGGUGGACUAAGAGACCCUGGUUAAGACAGCAGCAGCUACCCUCAUUUCAACCACGUCACUCCACUUUGAAUAUUUCCCAUCUCUAAGCGGAGAAGCAAAAUAUGCCUCUUAUUCUAAGAAAAAGAGAAAAUGAUCAGGAGGACAAGUUAAACAGUACACGUACUUUAAGUGAAGGAGAAAAAGAUCAGGAUGUCAUUAGUAGAUCACUUCCUCUAAGUAAAAGAGAAAAUGUUCAGGAGGAAAAGUUUGAAGAUGCCUAUGAAAUUAUCCCUGUGGCAACAACAAUGAAUCUCCUGUCUUCUUUGGAAGAAUGCACAACUGGACUAUACUUAUUUCUAAAUAACAGAUUCACAGAUGCAAUAAAUCUCAUUUACCCGUGGUCUAAAAACAGCACAUACCAUGCCCUAUUAUACAGUAUGCUUAUGGUUGUCAAAGCCAUCCUGACUUUUGAUCCACAGGACAUACAGAUUGGGAUGAACGCUGCAAAGGAAGCUUUGAAAACCUGUAACAAUUUCCGAAGAAGAACUAGGAUAAUGACUUUAUCUCGUAUAGUGAGUAGACAGGGAAUAAGAGCUGUCAAAGAAGAAGAAUUACAUGCAGAAGUCUGUUAUGCUGAGUGUUUGAUCUUGAAAUCUUCCAUAGCAUUUAUACAGGAUGACAGUAUGAUUAGUUUUCUUAAAAGUGGGCUCAGCAUUGGGUCAAGUUAUCAAAUAUACAAAGAUUGUCAACAGGUAUUAACUCUUAUGCCUUACAGCCACAGCAAAGCCCACAGACACUUGGUUGGAGGGAUAAAAUUUGGACUUGGAUCAUUUAAUUUGAUGUUAUCACUUGUGCCACCAAAGACACUUAGACUUCUCAAUGUUGUUGGACUUUCUGGGGAGAGAGAGGUAGGCUUGGCUUUGCUUCAUGAGAGUGCAUCUGAAACUCAUAUAAAUAAUAUUUUAAGUGUUUUCACUCUACUCUUUUAUUACAGUUACAUCCAUGUAGCUUUUGGUGUUGAAAAAGUUUCCAGUUUGGCUACAGAGAAUCUCUUCCUCAUAUACCUCCAGAAAUUUCCAAACUGUGUUGUACUUAAAUUUUUUCAUGCACGUUUUAUUAUGUUGAGAGGAAAUUUUGAAAAAGCACAAUUGAAAUUACAUGAGUGCAUUUUUACUCAGAACGAAUGGAAACAGGUUCACCACCUCUGUUACUGGGAACUCAUGUGGUGCCACAUUUUUCUGCAGGAUUGGAAGCAGGCUUACAACUAUGCCCAUCUACUGUAUGUACAUAGCAGAUGGUCCAAGGCAAUAUAUGUGUACAGUAAAGCUAUCAUAUUGGCCUUACUUCCUCCUGAUUUUGUGAAAUCACUAAAUGAUAACAUGACCUCUCUCUUCUUAAAUGUGGAAAACCUGAGAAUCAAAAUUUUAGGCACCCCUGUGCCAAUAGAAAAGUUUGUUGCUGAGAAAGGUCAGCGCUAUGGUACUACUACAGGCUGGUUUACAGCACAGCCCCUUCUGGAAUUCAUUUAUGCCUGGAGUGGUUUCCGAGUCAUGAGCAAAAAAGUAGAGCUUAUUUCAAGCUGGCUAUCAAUAAUUAACAAAGGAAAAGACCUUUUGCAGGAAAAUCCAAAUGAGGAAUAUGGCACAGAUGACAUAAGUUUCUUAAAUUUGCUGAAAGGGCUAUGCCUGAAACACCUAGGCAAAUAUUUGAAGGCUGAGCAUUACUUUAAUCGUGUUAUUCAAAAGGAGAAGUUUUUAAAAUAUGACCACUAUUUGGUGCCAUAUACUUACUAUGAACUAGGAAUUCUACACUAUCUGAAAGGAGAUUUUGCCAGUGCAACAAAAUAUCUAGACAACAUAAAGAACUAUAAAGACUAUUCCAUGGAAGCCCGGUUACAGUUUAGGGCUCAUAUAGCCCUUGAACAAAUAGCUAAAGAAAAGUGAUUUAAACACAAAGUGUGCUUUUGUUUAGCACGAGUGGAAUAUCUACAACCAGCAAAAUAAUUAGCAGGUAGAAAAAUCAUUUCUUUGUGGAAAAGGAAUUCAAGAGGCAGCUGCUAAGAUCUGAUCAGUAACAAAUAAGAAAGGAAUUGGCCAUUUCUUUCUGCUCUUUUUUUCUCCUUAUGUAUAAAUGUGAUGAUUAGACUUGCAAAUGGAGUGACCGAACAUUCUUGAAAAAGAAAAGGCAAAUGCUUUACAUUAUAAAAAUAUUGUCUUAAAACUUCCAAGGCAGUUUUUAACACCAACUUAGAUAAUGUAUACAACUUGCAAAUAAAAUAGGAAAAGUGGCCACACUCAGGAUACCA